AUGGAGAACAUGGAUAUUAUAACAGGUGAAGGCAAAAAUCAAGAAACUUUUUUGAAGAGACCGGGUGACACUCGGUGGGGAUCUCAUUAUACCUCCAUAAUUCGUCUUGAAAGAAUGAUUCAACCACUGAUUGAGAAUGUUAAAGAAAGCUUAAGAUCAUUUCGAGAAGUUGGAUGUGAUACUUUCUUGCAACAAGUGGAUAAUUUUUGUGGGGCAAAUGACAUUGCUAUCACUAAAAUGGAUGAUGUUGCUCCAAAACGGAUUUGCAUGAGGAAUGGUACAAACAUCACUAGCUACCAUCAUUACAGUGUUGAAAUAUUUUGCCAGAUCAUUGACUUACUUAUGCAAGAGAUGGAAAAUCUUUUUUCUGAGUCAUCUAUAGACUUGCUUCGUUGUAUGGCAUGUCUGGAUCCGAAAAAUGACUUCGCCGCUUUUGAUGCUGAUAAGCUUGCUCAUCUUGGUAGCCUUUAUCCAAAGGAUUUCUCAUUGAAUGAACGUACAAUGUUGCUUGAAGAACUUGAACUAUUUGUUGGUGUGAUGAUAAAAGGUGAUCGAUUGAUUGGUAUUGAAGAUUUGGGUUGCCUAGCUCGAAAGAUGACUGAUCGACGGAAUAGGAUGGGAGAUGAUUGGUUGAACGAUCGUUUGGUGAUAUAUAGAGAAAGGUCCAUCUUCGCCCUUGUCUCUAAUGAAAGAAUCUUGACACAUUUUCAAGAUAUGGAUACCCGUAGAAGUCAGUUGUCGCAAUUAACGGAUGCAAGUGCUACUUGA